CAGCUGGCCUGGAGUCACAUGGGAUGGGCUCAUGUGACCGGAGUCCCAAUCCAAUAUGGCGGCGCCCAGGGGACGCGGGCUGUUCUUGCCCUCGCUGCUCGGCUUGCUCGGAGUGGCGUGGUGCAGCCUGAGUUCGGGGGUUUCCAGCGACGAUGACCUGCUAUUGCCUUACCCACUCGCGCGCACACGUCCCUCGCGGGACUGCGCCCGGUUGCGCGCGGGCAGCCUCGAGCAAGAGAGCUGGCCUCCGCCGCCGGCGACCCCUGGCGCCAGCCACCCCCCGAUCGUGCGCACCUUCGUGUCAUAUUUCGAGGGCCGCGCUGUGGCGGGCCACCUGACACGGGUCGCCGCGCCUCUGCGCACUUUCUCGGUGCUGGAGCCCGGGGGACCUGGAGGCUGCGCGCAGAGGCGCCGCGCCACUGUGGAAGACACAGCCGUCCCGGCCGGUUGCCUCAUCGCCCAGAACGGUGGCUUCUUCCGCAUGAACACCGGCGAGUGCUUGGGGAACGUGGUGAGCGACGGGCGGCUGGUGAGCAGUUCCGGGGGGCUGCAGAACGCGCAGUUCGGGAUCCGCCGCGACGGGACCUUGGUCACUGGGUACCUAUCUGAGGAGGAGGUACUGGACACCGUGAAUCCGUUCGUGCAGCUGCUGAGUGGAGUUGUGUGGCUCAUCCGCAAUGGAAGCAUCUACAUCAACGAGAGCCAAGUCACCGAGUGUGAUGAGACUCAGGAGACAGGUUCCUUUAGCAAAUUUGUGAACGUGAUAUCAGCCAGGACAGCUGUGGGUCAUGACCGUAAGGGGCAGCUUGUACUCUUCCAUGCAGAUGGACAGACGGAGCAGCGUGGCAUCAACCUGUGGGAGAUGGCAGAGUUCCUGCUGAAACAAGAUGUGGUCAAUGCCAUCAACCUGGAUGGAGGUGGUUCCGCCACCUUUGUGCUCAACGGGACCCUGGCCAGUUACCCCUCGGAUCACUGCAAGGACAACAUGUGGCGCUGUCCCCGCCUGGUUUCCACCGUGGUAUGUGUGCAUGAACCCUACUGCCAGCCACCCAACUGCAGUGGCCACGGGACCUGUGUGGAUGGCCAUUGUGAAUGCACCAGCCGCUUCUGGCGGGGUGCCGCCUGCAACGAGCUAGACUGUGGCCCCUCCAACUGCAGCCAGCACGGACUGUGCACAGAGACUGGCUGCCACUGUGAUGCUGGAUGGACAGGAUCCAACUGCAGUGAAGAGUGUCCUCUGGGCUGGUAUGGGCAAGGUUGCCAGAGGCCUUGCCAAUGUGAAUACCAGUGUCCCUGCGACCCCCAGACUGGCAACUGCAGCAUCUCCCAAGUGAAGCAGUGUCUCCAGCCUACUGAGGCCACACCAAGAGCAGGAGAGUUGGCCUUUUUUACCAGGACCACGUGGCUGGCACUUACCCUCAUCCUAGUUUCCCUGCUGCUGAUCAGCAUCGCGGUCAAUGUGAACUUGCUCUUGGGCUCCAAGACAGAGAGGAACCGACACCUGGAUGGGGACUAUGUAUACCACCCCCUGCAGGAGAUGAAUGGGGACUUGCUGGCUGCAGAGAAGGAGCAAACAGAAGACACUUGUAACCCCUUCAAGGACUGACACACCUGGGCUGCGGUGUCCCAGGUAAAGUCUCUGCUCCUCACUUUUAUGGGGAAGGAUGUGAGGCCACAGGCAUGGAUGCUGUACCUGCCUGGCCAUGCCCCACCUGUCGCCAUGCUGUGGCUCAUGCCAUGCCAAGCAAUACAGAUCUCUGGAGAGCCUGCGUCUGCUCCCCUGCCUGCCUGUGUCUGCUGCCCAGAGGCCUGUCUCCCACAGGGGUCUCACCACUGCCAAAGACUUCCAGGAGGCCACUAGCAAAUGAAACUGACUCAAUCAUGACAAGAGUGGCCAACUCGCCUGGACUGCCUGCACAGGGGUAGAGUAGAAAAACUAAUGCCGUGACAUACCACCUCUUAUGCAGCCUCAUUGCUGGAUUGCCAACUAGAACUCUGUAUCCUGUCACAGAAAGCUCCUCAUAAGAAGGCAUGGGGAGGGAAGGAAGUCGCCAUGUUUACAGACCUUCUAUUUUUGUUGUCCUGCUCCCUAAUACUUGAGUUUUCUAAUACUUGAAUAAACUGGUAUACUAAAAUGA